GGGAAACACAGAGUGCAUGCACAAGUACUUUCCUCCCAAGACCUAAACAAGUAAAUCAUGGCCUUGGACAGUGACAGUUAUGAUUACAUACACUUUAAUGAGACUCACAGCAGUGAGACCGAGUAUGACAUUAAGAUAUCAGAACUUUACUAUCCUGCUGCUGUCAACAGUCUCGUCUUCUGCAUCAGCCUUCCUGCAAACAGCUUCCUGCUGUGGGUCCUCUGGACGGAACAAGCUUGGAAGAUCACAUCGGAUAUUUUACUUCUUCAGCUCACAGUUUCUAACCUCUGCCUCACUGUGACAUUGCCUUUUGCAGCCUGUAAUGCACUCCAUGGGUGGGUCUUUGGAGAGUGGGCCUGCGGAGUAGGUGUAGGGAUUUAUUUUCUGGGACUAUUCACCGCCGUGGUGAUCCUCACUGCCAUGUCUUUGCAUUCUUAUGUUACUGUGGUUCAGCCUUGGUGCUUGUCUGCACAGGCCUUAACAAAAUAUGGUGUUCUCAUAGGUAGCAUUGUGAUGUGGCUGGUGUGUGCUGCUGCAAGCAUUAAACUGGCUGUGAGUUGUAGAGUCAUCGAAUUUGCUGACAUUAAAGUGUGUGUAAAUUUGGUGGAGUCACUAACCAUGAAACUCACUGAAAUCUACACACAGAUUUUUCUUUUCUUUCUCAUUCCUGUCCUUAUCACUUCAUUCUGUUAUGUUCACAUGUGGAUAAUGGCGAAGCAGGGCAGGAUAAACAGCCAACAACAGCCUUCAAAAUUGAUUUUAGGCAUAACUGUCAGUACUUUUCUAUGCUUGGCUCCUUCUAGCAUCCACAUGUUUAUACAGUCCUUGCUACUAUUGGAUUUUUAUGAGUACACACAUGAACUGAUAUAUGCAUUGCACUAUGCUUGGUUGAUCAUUCAUCCCAUCAUUGACAUCUACUGCUGCUUUAUCCCUUUGGUGCAUUUAAUAGGAGUACAAAGGUUUAGGAGGUAUCUUCCCAUGCCGUGCAAUACAUUAUCACUGUGCAGAAAUGAAACUAAAACUGACAGUCCAAUGGCAUUAAUCCCUCUCCAAAAUGCGGAAGAAAUUUGAAUUUACUGUAGCAUGCAUGCAUUAGGAUGAGACAGCUAGAUGCUUGAGGGUUUGAUUAGAUAAAUUAGCUGAACUUAAUAUAGUACAAGCAACAGUAA